CCUCCGUCCCUCCUCCCUUGUCUGGUCUGCCCUGUGCGAGGAGCGUCCUGACCAUGUCCCGGCUGGUGGAAUGUGUCCCCAACUUCUCGGAGGGGAACAGCCAGGAGGUGAUUGACGCCAUCUCCCAAGCUGUGGUGCAGACCCCAGGCUGUGUGCUGCUGGACGUAGAUGCCGGCCCCUCCACCAACCGCACCGUCUACACCUUUGUGGGGCGGCCUGAGGACGUGGUGGAGGGGGCCCUCAAUGCCGCCCGGACUGCCUUCAGGCUCAUCGACAUGAGCAGGCACAAAGGGGAGCACCCGCGAAUGGGUGCCCUGGACGUGUGCCCCUUCAUCCCAGUGAGGGGCGUCUCCAUGAAUGAAUGCGUGCUCUGUGCCCAGGCCUUUGGCCAACGGUUGGCAGAGGAGCUUGGGGUGCCAGUGUACCUCUACGGCGAGGCAGCACGGACGGCCAGUCGCCGGACCCUGCCAGCCAUCCGGGCUGGGGAGUAUGAAGCCCUUGCUGAGAAGCUUAAGCAGACCGAAUGGGCACCCGACUUUGGCCCCAGCUCCUUCGUCCCCAGCUGGGGGGCCACUGUCACUGGGGCACGGAGGUUCCUUAUCGCAUUCAACAUCAACCUGCUCAGCACCAAGGAGCAGGCACACCGCAUCGCCCUCAACCUGAGGGAGCAGGGUCGCGGGAAGGACCAGCCAGGAUGCCUGAAAAAGGUUCAGGGCAUUGGCUGGUACCUGGAGGAGAAGAACCUGGCUCAGGUUUCCACCAACCUCCUGGACUUUGAGGUCACAGGGCUGCACACGGUCUAUGAGGAAACCUGCAGAGAAGCCCAGGAGCUGAGCCUUCCAGUGGUGGGCUCACAGCUCGUGGGCCUGGUGCCUCUGAAGGCCCUCCUGGACGCCGCCGACUUCUACUGUGAGAAGGAGAACCUCUUUGUCCUGGAGGAGGAGCACCGGAUCAGGCUGGUGGUGAGCCGGCUGGGCCUGGACUCCUUGUCCCCCUUCAACCCUAAGGAACGGAUCAUUGAAUACCUGGUCCCUGACAGUGGGCAUGAGCAGAGCCUGGUGGACAAGCCCCUGCGCACCUUCAUCCGUGAGGUGGGCGCCCGCACAGCAGCUCCGGGGGGUGGCUCGGUGGCAGCUGCCAGCGCGGCCAUGGGUGCCGCGCUGGCCUCCAUGGCCGGCCUGAUGACCUACGGGCGGCGCCAGUUCGAGCACCUGGAUGCGACCAUGCGGCGCCUGAUCCCACCCUUCCACGCUGCCUCAGCCGAGCUGACCACUCUGGUGGAUGCUGAUGCCCAUGCCUUCCAGGCCUGCCUGGAAGCGAUGAAGCUGCCCAAGAACACACCUGAGGACAGGGAAAGGCGUGCAGCCGCCCUGCAGGAGGGACUGAGGCGGGCAGUGGCCGUGCCCCUGGCACUGGCGGAGACCGUGGCCUCGCUGUGGCCGGUGCUGCAGGAGCUGGCCCUGUGCGGGAACCUGGCCUGCCGGUCUGACCUGCAGGUGGCAGCCAAGGCCCUGGAGACAGGUGUGUUUGGUGCAUAUUUCAACGUGCUCAUCAACCUGAAGGACAUCACCGAUGGUGCAUUCAAGGACCAGGCCCACCAGCGCAUCUCCAGCCUCCUGCAGGAAGCCAAGACCCAGGCGGCGCUGGUGCUGGAACGCCUAGAGGCCCGGCAGGAGUGACGCCGGGCGGGAGCCUUGCUGGACUCUGCAUCCCUCAGUGGCCCCUCUCCCUCCUCCAUGGUGUCCAACCUCAGCCGACGGGACAGGGCAGCCUCCGGACUUCACUGCUGUGGGGCCCAGAGGGGUGGGUGUGUGGGGGGGUGGGAGCCUGUCUGGGGUUGGCAGUGUCACUGU